AUGUUGCCUCCUGCAUUGAACAUCCCCAAGUGGCUGAAGGAGAACGGACAUCUUCUCAAACCGCCGGUUAGCAACUACUGCGUCUACCACCCGUCCUCCAAGGCCACGCAGGGAUACACAGUCAUGGUGGUGGGCGGGCCCAAUACCCGGACUGACUACCACAUCAACCCCACGCCGGAGUUCUUCUACCAGCACAAGGGCUCGAUCGUGAUCAAGGUGGUCGACACCUCCACCAGCCCGCCGACCUUCCAGGACAUCCCCGUCCACGAGGGCUCGCUCUAUCUCCUGCCUCCAAACACCCCGCACUCGCCCGUCAGGUUCGCGGAUACGGUGGGGGUGGUGCUGGAGGUGCCCCGGCCAAAGGGCGCCAAAGACACGCUGCGCUGGUACUGCAGGGAGUGCAAGAGCAUCGUCUGGGAGAAGAGCUUUGUCUGCACCGACCUGGGCACCCAGCUGAACGGCAUUAUCGAGGACUUUGCCAACGACGAGAGCAAGCGCGAGUGCAAGAAGUGCGGGUGUCUGGUGCCUGUCAGAUAUGGGGAUGGCGAGGUGGUGCAGCCUCCUCGUUUCCUGGAAGACGAAUAA